ACGGACAAGACAUGUCUAACGCUAGCCACGAAGAGGCAGUAGAUGCUUUUUGUAAGGCCCAGGAACCGAUUAUUGUCGAAGUUCUUCGUCCAGAUUCCGUUAAGCCUAACAUAGCGUCGAAUAAUUCUUCUCGAACCUUGGACAACAUGGCACAGUGCGACAGAACAACACAAACUGAGUGGACUGGAGGUUGGCAAGUGACACCAAUCGAGCACUGUUCACCUGCUCCGUCAAGGCUGCAGUGUCGGACGAGUUCCCACAACGUGGCGCUGCUGAACGAUGAUGUUUGUGACACCUAUUUUCGUCGACUACAGUAUGACAAUGGAAGAAAUGAACAGAGUAUGAGCUGUGAAGUGGAGUAUAAAGAGGUAACGAUACGUCGAAUGGUCAGUAAAGAAAACCUGGGUUUGUGUUUUUCUUCUGGUUUCUCAGAAGAAGCUCACACAAGUGUCUUUAUAACUCAAAUAGAAGAGGGUAGUCUUGCUGAAAAAGAUGGUCGUCUUCGGGAGGGAGACCAGGUGCUGCAGAUCAAUGGUCAUGAUGUCAACACCUUAGAAGAAGCCGUCUCUUUAGUCACUGACAGUCAUCAUGAUCUAUCCGUGUUAUUCGCAAGAACCCGGUUCCAGGUCCACUACGACGAAGGCACGGACACUUGGGCAGUCGAAUGUCGCCACGAGAAGGACAGUGGUGUUGGAAGGACGGACGAGAGUACAAAAUACGACGAGAGUUCUGAGACCGAGACUAAGGAGAAUGAAUACCCAGGUGCUAAUUUCGAAAAGCGCUUCCAGAGAAAACAAACUUCUUCAGAAAACAGUUGCUAUCUAAACAAUGAUGGAGAGGUUUCAGAAGACAAAGUGUACGGUUAUCGUGAAAUCAUCCCCGUUCAAUGUGUCGGCACCAGCACCACGAGCCUUGUAGAUUGUUCCUAUUCGUACAACUGUGAUGGUGAUUUAGAGAACUUAAACCAUGCACUGGAGAACGUUCAGCUUCACGACGUUGAUUUAAAACAUGUAGAACGUAUGUGCUCAGAUCCAUCUAUAAGCAGUCAUGAUCGAGGGAUUAAAUCAAGCGAUUCCAGAAAGAGGUCCAUUGGUAGAUUUCGACGAUUGUGGGGAAAGACAAAAUCGGUAGAACGAUGGAUCAGAAACACUGCUGAUUUGAGAAAACAAGCUGUGGAACAUCUGGAGGAGAAAGGAGAGCGUUCAAGUGCUUAUGAUACAGGAACUAGUUCUGGUACUGUACGUGUGGCUUUUGGCUCCAUGGAUUUCCAGGGCUCACUCCUGGCUCCAAAAAUGGAAGACAAGGAAACACAGCACCGGACUUCAGAUGUCUCCAGCGUGGUUAGUUGUGACAGCUGUCGCAAUUGCUGCCAGUCUAGUGCCCAAGAAUCUGGAAGUGAGUGGGUUACUUCUCGUUGCUCCCCAGGCUUUAUAGCCAUAGCUAGCAGGUGGCCUUUUCCCCACCCGCAAAAUCUUCAAAAUUACGUUUCGAUAUAUCCUUGUACAACCAUGUAUACAAACAAACAAAACCUACAGCACACGAUAUGGCUCCAGCAACAGCUGUUUCGCCAAGCUCUUGCCCAGAAACAUUACCAACAGCGAUGCAGUAAGCAGAAUAUCUUAUGGGCGCCACUAUCACCGAUGUCCAGUCGGCCAUUACACAGCUGCCCUAACAAAAGUAAUGCUUUGAGCAGCGCAAUAGGUGAUGAAGACGUGAAAAUGGAAUGGAAAGUGAAGCGAAGAUCUGAUGGAUCAAGAUACAUUGCGAAACGCCCUCUUAGAAAUAAAUUCCUCAAAGAACGAGCUCUUAAGAUCAACGAAGAAAGAUGUGGAUUAACUACAGAUGAUGACGCAAUGAGUGACUUGAAAGUCGGACGCUAUUGGCCCAAAGAGGAGCGAAAACGUCAUCUGGAGAGGGCACGUGAUCGAAAACGGCGGGAGCUAGAAAUGCGUAGAACAAUGGCUAUAGUGAAGGAGGAAAGAGAGGAUUCGCUGUUAACGUGUGAAAAAAGGGAAACUGAAGGGAUAGAAAUGAAAAAUGGACGUAAAAAAAAUAAAGGCGUUCUUGAAGAACGGCGUCCAUCUGCCAGCACUGUAGCACAUGCAUUUAAAGGGCAAGGUCUACUUUCUGUGACAACAAUAUAACACGGAACUGGUGGCAAUGAGGGAAGACGGCCAUCUGUGAACACUAUAACACAUGGAUUUAAAGAACAAGGUCUGCUUUCUGUGACAACGCUAUAACACAGAACUGGUGUCAAUGUUUGUUUGUAAUUAAGCACAAAGCUACACAAUGGGCUAUCUGUGCUCUGCCCACCACGGGUAUCGAAACCCGGAUUCUAGUGUUGUAAGUCCGCAGACAUAUCGCUGUGCCACUGGGAGGAAAGGUGUUAAUGAGGAAAGGCGUCUGUAACACAGAGCUGGUUGUAAUGAGGAGAGACUCCAAUCUGUGAAACUGUAACACGUGGUAUUAAAGACAAAUCUUUGCUAUCUAUUACAAUAACAUAAUACGGAUAUAGUGGCUCUAAAAGAUAAUGUCCAUCGACCAACACAAUAACACUAGUUAAUAAAAUUGAAACAGUAUAAAAUAAAUCCGACAUUACCUGAUAUAUUUACAUAAUUUUGAGCAUUCAGAAUUGACUAUAUUCCAAAUUACCUCAUAUUUUGAAUAUUUCAUUAUUUCGGGAUAAUGAAACCUCUUUUUCAGGGAUGAAAACUGUGUUUAUGCACUUGACUAACAGACAUAAUAAAAAAAUAAUAAUUAUUACGGUUACAUUAGUGAUUGGUGCAUCUAAAAUUGCUAAUAACUACGAAUAAGAGAUUACAUAUUUUGUGUUUGUAAUAACACACAAUAAUACACUAGAAUUGUUUGAAGAGUCCUCAAUAAUAUAAUACUGUAGCAUUGUUUGAAAA